UCUUUACUCUCGCUGGCAAGCUCUCCUGCUGCCUGGGAAAGUGGGUUACAGAGUGAAGGAGCUCAGCCCAGACGCUGGCAGAGAAGCAGCCAGCCACAGAGAGUCCAAGGAAGCACCCCUGCCGUUGACAGUCGCCUCCUCAUCAUUAAGCGUUUUAUAUUUGCACUCUUCCUUCGGAAAAUUUGUUCUUCCACUUUCUCCCCCCACCCACCCUGCUUGGAUUUGAUGAGGGCUUUGUUAAGUCUCAGAGGGGAAAGAGACUGAGCAAGGGAAAGAGCGAGGCAAAGUGGAAGGGAGUGCGCGCUGGACCCGCCCGAGCUGCCUUGGCAGUGGCUGCAAGCCCCACGCGCUAGAGCCCCUCUCCGUGGCCAGCAGCGCGCACACGGGAGUCCACCGCGGACCAACUCACCGAGGCCACCAUGGUCGGGAGAGUUCAGGCCGAUCGGAAACAGUUGCCGCUGGUCCUACUGAGACUGCUCUGCCUUCUUCCCACAGGACUGCCCGUUCGCAGCGUGGAUUUUAACCGAGGCACGGACAACAUCACCGUGAGGCAGGGGGACACAGCCAUCCUCAGAUGUGUGGUAGAAGACAAAAACUCGAAAGUUGCCUGGUUGAACCGUUCUGGCAUCAUCUUCGCUGGACAUGACAAGUGGUCUCUGGAUCCUCGGGUUGAGUUGGAGAAACGCCAUUCUCUGGAAUAUAGCCUCCGAAUCCAGAAGGUGGAUGUCUAUGACGAGGGAUCCUACACAUGCUCGGUUCAGACACAGCAUGAGCCCAAGACCUCCCAAGUUUACUUGAUCGUGCAAGUUCCACCAAAGAUCUCCAAUAUCUCCUCGGAUGUCACUGUGAAUGAGGGCAGCAAUGUAACCCUGGUCUGCAUGGCCAAUGGACGCCCUGAACCUGUUAUCACCUGGAGACACCUUACACCAACCGGAAGAGAAUUUGAAGGAGAAGAAGAAUAUCUGGAGAUCCUCGGCAUCACUAGGGAGCAGUCAGGCAAAUACGAGUGCAAGGCUGCCAAUGAGGUCUCCUCUGCAGACGUCAAACAAGUCAAGGUCACUGUGAACUAUCCGCCCACCAUCACGGAGUCCAAGAGCAAUGAAGCCACCACAGGACGGCAAGCUUCCCUCAAAUGUGAGGCCUCAGCAGUGCCUGCGCCUGACUUUGAGUGGUACCGGGAUGACACCAGGAUAAACAGUGCGAAUGGCCUUGAGAUUAAGAGCACGGAGGGCCAGUCCUCCCUGACGGUGACCAAUGUCACCGAGGAGCACUAUGGCAACUACACCUGCGUGGCUGCCAACAAGCUGGGCGUCACCAAUGCCAGCCUAGUCCUUUUCAAGCGUGUUUUACCCACAGUCCCCCACCCCAUUCAAGAAAUUGGUACCACCGUGCACUUCAAGCAAAAAGGACCCGGGUCGGUGAGAGGAAUCAACGGAUCCAUCAGUCUGGCCGUACCACUGUGGCUGCUGGCAGCAUCCCUGCUCUGCCUUCUCAGCAAAUGUUAAUAGAAUAAAAAUUUAAAAAUAAUUACAAAAACACACAAAAGUGCAUCACACAGAUACACAGAGAGAGAGAGUGCAAAAUGGGGGGGAGACUAUUAUUUCACAAGUUUGUGUGUUUAUAAAUGGAGGGGGAUAUGAAAACGAAGAAAAUACAACACUAAAAGCAACUUUAAGAUCCAUCAAUAAAAUUUGAGUAUAAUUUAGGGUGGGAAAACCUCUACCAGAAUAUGUGUCUAUCUUCUAAGCAAAUGAUUGCUGUGUUAAGGUUCCGCCAUGCUGAAAAUGUCUGACGUUGUACAAAUGAGACUAUUCCAGAAGUACCAGAUGGAUAUUGACUCCCCACACAUUUUAUCCUUCCUUCAUCCAUUUUCAUCUGUGGGGAAAAAAGAAGGUCUUGCCUUUGGUGUUUAUAUUUCCAUAUUUUUUUCUGUUUUUCGUUUGAGCUGAUGUGUAGCCAUUUUGGACUAUGAAAGGAAACCUGUGUAGAGCCUUUCUCAGGCUCCCCUGCCUCUACCAUCUCUCUAACUUUUGACAACAUCCCCUUUCCCUCCAGUGUGUUCUAUCCUCCACCACACCCAUUCCAAAUAUCCCUUUUUUCUCUACCCACCCCCUCUCUGCCCCAGCAACCCAAUCAGGCCGCAAAUGCUAGGAAGCGCCAUUUUCAUUUUCUCCACUGUGCGCGUGUGUGCUCAAGUCUCUUCGCUCUCACGUAGGUGUACAUGUGUGUGAGCGUGUAUGUGUCUCUCUCUAAAGCAUGCCAAGGGAAUGGUUCAUGUGUACAUAGACUCAUUGUGCUGUAGAUACUGCCCUGCAUUGUAAUUGUGAGAUGCGGCUGUAACAAGUUGCUGGGGGGAGGUGGCUGGGUGGGAGGUAAGGAGCAGAAUCCCUCCCCCGCUUCAUGGUUGUCACAUGACAUCAGUGCACAUUCAAACCAAGCUGUGCUCCUUCUGUGGGCAGGACCCCAUACCCCUCCUAGUCCCAUUUUCAAAACCCAGUCGGGAGUCACUCAGAAUAUCACUGUAAAUGAAAGUGCCUACUAUCAAUGGGGUGAGCAGACUGGGAACAGAUCCGUGGCCUGGAUGACGUGACCUAGGAGAAGAUAGUUUCUGAUUUCACUAUUAUUUUACAAGCCUGGGGGAUUCACGCAUUUCCUAGCUUUAUCUAGGCUGAGCCCACUGAAGAGAUGAGUGACAUACCUUGAGCAGGUCUCCAGAAACAAGGGAAAGAGGAAGCCAUGGAGAUCCUACGCAGGCCUGCUUAGUCUCUCAGUAACCUUCAGAUAACAGCACCUGCCCCAUAAUUCCCCGAAGCAGAGAUUGCUGACUCUUUCAGAUGAAAGAUUGAAAGGGAGACUUGGAAAGUAGAUGGAUGCCCAAGUCCCUUCUGCAGAGGCCGCCAAACCUCUAAAGCAAAGUACUGGCCAUCACAAAAUAGGAAUUCCAGACUUUGUUCUCCCUUGCAGCCCAUCAUCCUUGAGUUCUAGACUAAAGCUUUAUUAGGUUCCCGCUCCACUGAUGAUGUGUACAGCACCAUUCAUUGCCGAUGAGGGCUAUUUCGUGCUUGACAGCCAGGCCACUAGGAUGCAGAUUGCUUUCACCUUCUCUACUCUGUUUAGACUUACAUCUGUGAACGUCACUGUGACACUAACAAUGAAACCUGAGCUAAUUGCUUAACCAUCAUGUCUGAGCAACCUGUGAUGAAUUCAGGCAGAAGUUGUGUGGAGCAUCCCAAAGCUCAGCACAUUCCCAAGACUGUUUUCCGAGGGGAAGUCUUCCAGGAAAGGCUGCCUCUGGACGUGGGCAUCUUUGAUAGGAAACCAUCCACUCCGUUCCUUUUGACAAUAGAGACAUCCAAAGUAAUUGACUUUAGGAAAGGAUGGAGGAUUGCUGUCGAGGCCAUAAUGUGUUAUCCCACAGAGACAAAUAGUAGCUCAUCAAGUUUUCUAGCCUUUGAAAUGGCUGUCACGUUGUUACAAGAUGAAGAGAAGGAAAGAAGGAAGAAAGAAAAAAAGAAAGAGAAGGAAGGAGGGAGGGAUGAAGGAAGAAUGAAAGGAAUUUGAGCAGUAUUUUAUAUUUCUUCUAAGGAAUUGCAUCAUUUACUUUAUAAACCUGUCACCUCCUCUCUUCAUGGAUUGGCAGUGUGACAUGCGGCAGAAGGCAGACAGGGCUUAGGAUGGGUAAGGGGAUUUAUGGAUGAUCAAGAGGUAGGAUAUUAAUUCUUAUCUAAGAACUUAGCUAUUACAACACAGAGAAGAUGUGUCAUAUUCCAAUAUGACAUAGUGGCAAUCAAGGAUGGCUCUAGCAGUCUGGUCCCCUUUGUAGAAGAACUGAAGGAUACAUGUUUCCCACGUUUAGGAGGCAUCCACGUCCUCAGGUAAAAUCUUAGAGGUGUGCAUGCAAGUCUAGAUAGAAGGAAGGAAGGAGUUAAUUCAGCAUUGUUUAGGAUUAGUUUCAGAAAUAGAUAGCUGUAAUGUCUCACAGGCUUUAACCAGACACCUGGUCUUCAGUGUCCCCAUCAUCUUAAAAGGACAAACUCCUGGUUUUGUGGCAGAAGCCUCUCCUUUGGAAAGAAUCCCUGAUCAUAUCUAUACCAUUUUUUUUGUUUUAUUAUAAAAGACCAUAGAGGAAACAGCUAAAGAUACUUUUUAAAUAUGAUGUUUACUCAUAUCUCCAGCAGGAUCUGAGAGUUUUAAACAUUUCUCCUUACUGUAGAAAAAACCUGGGUCUCAUAUACCACCAUAUAGGUUUGAGAAUAUUGCUAAGUCAUAUGGAGAACUGAGGAAAAUAUUCUUUGAAGCAAGAUUAGAAUCACUAUAGGGUCAGAGGGCCUACACCAAGAUGCCAUACAUUCAGCAGUAGAGUAAUCACAUUGCUAUAAAUCUCUCCAAUCAUCUCACUUGUCUGCACUCAAAUUGCUGAAGAAACAAUCAAUUGGGAAUGAGUAUCAAGGAGUGGAAUUCAUCCAUUAAUUGGGACCACUCAUGUGUUCCAUAUGCUUUGUAUGAAAAGUGAACUUGCAUUAUCCACAAAACAAAGUCCUUCACCUCAUAUUUCAGUUUAAAAAGCAGAAAUGACCUUGACCCAGGGCACACCACAACAAAGGAAAAUUAUCCUAGAGCUCAACAACCGCAGAAUUAUUUAUUCUCUGCAUAGUUGUUGAUCAAAACCUCUUUGCCUAGUGGAAGGAACAAUGUUCUUGCAAAAUAGACUUGUCCAAAAAGAACGGCCGCUUAUGGGAAGGACUUUCCGCUUGGCUCUUGUCUUCUCUUCCAAGACAGAUAUUUUGUCCCCUUACCAUGGACAUUUUUCCCCUUUAACUCUAUAGGAAACUGGGGUUAUUCAAAGAGACCUUGUAACAAAACUCGUGAUUGUCACGUUCUUGGAGGACAGAAACAAAGGCGUGUUUCUCCUCCAGAGAUGGACUUUACCUCCACUGCUUGCAGAAACUAAAUGUCUCAGCAUGAAACUGCUUUGAGUUUUUAUUUCUCAGCCCACAGUCACAGGGUCCUCUUCGUGUUGACUACGGUGUGACAGAUUCUACUGGCUAGUCUCCCUAAAUUUUUCAUUUUGUUCCUUAUAGGCUUUGGAUUUUUUGUGCAAAAUAAUAAUAUAUAUGUGUAUGUAUUGUUUUAAAUCUUAUCUUUACAAAUGAUAUAUUUACAAUCAUGUAUGUAUUAUAAGAAAAAAUUAGAACAAUGCUUUAAACUUAAAAGGAAGAGAGAAUUUGGUUUAUUAAAAAAAAAAGAGCUAUGCUUCAUUUGAAAGACACAGGUCCCCUUUUGCCAACCUUGUUACUAUUUGUUUAAAAGAAAUUUGCCUAUGAGACCAAAUGCUUUAGGAUUAACUAUGUCAUCAUGUUUUUCUUCCUUCUUAAUAAAUACUCAGCUGGGAUUUAGUCCUGGUUUCCCCUGCAAACUGCCAGUUUUUAUAACGAUAUAAGUGCAAUGAUACAUCUGACGCAAAAAAGAUAUUAAAAUUCUGAAGACAAAUAAACAUACCAUAAAAAAAUGGUGAGAUAGAUCCCAAGUUAAGAAACACAAACCCACUUGAGGAAGCCUCUUUCUGGCUUAAGUAACUUACAAUGUUUCUCCUCCAGAGCUUUAGUAUGCCCAAGUGACGUAAAUCCACCAUUAUGGUUGACAUCAUAUCUGUAAAUAGCUCACUAGAGGCAAAAUGAAGCUCACAUUUGCGUGCAUACCAGUGGGAGGAAGAGUAAACCAUUCUCGUUUGCAUUUAGCUAUGCUGUCCCAACGUUCACCAACUAAACCUCAAGAAAGAAUUUGGUUUUGCCCGCAAUGUAUAUCACUUUCCUCUUGGCAAGUCUGCCGGUGUUAAUAUUAGGUUUAGGUUUAGCUUAGCAUUCAUGUCAGAGAAAUGUUUAUGGAUAUUGGAGAAAACUUAUUUUCAAAUCCUGAUUUCUCGUCAGCGCAUUUGCAUACUGUGCUGAUUAAUAAAUUAGGCACCAAUCAUGUAUAAAUCAAUGUAAAUCACUAGUUUAUAUACAUAAUAUAAACUAUGUAAACUUCAUUUUCCAUGCGGAGGCCAAGUUCAGCUAAACCUAUAAAUCUUAAAGAGAAGGAAGUCAAAUAGCAAGAAGAAAACCCAAAGCUUUUUACAGGUCAAACGUCAAGUAGAAAAACUGAAGUUUCAAACAUGGUUGCCUUCACCAAAGGAAGUAGACACCCAGAACACUGAGAGGCAAAUCCAGCCAAGCACAAAUGAUUCUCCUUAGUUCUUUAGCUUGACCCAACAAACAUUAAGCAAACUGGAAGAAAGAGGAAUAGGGUGUGAAGGGCUCCUGUGUCCCAGGUUAUUGGUUUCUUGUCAACCAAUAUAUAUUUUAUUGUAUCUUUAGCUAAAUAGCUCCACCAGAUUCACCAAUAAUUACAAGAACAAUUUAUCACACAUCCCCCAUUUUUUGUCUGCUUUACACUUAACCCACACUCAUAAAACGUUUUUGACAUCCCAAUUUGAAUAAAUUAUGUGAUGCAAGAAAUACGCUAUAUUCUUGAGAAACAUCUUGCCAAAGCACCCUGCUUUUUUUUAAUAUAUAUAUUUUCUGGUACCCUCAUGUAUCUACAUGCCUAUGGGUUACAAAGAAGGCACAGGGUCGUUUGAAUAGGGAGAGUCACUCAUAGGUUUUACCUCAGGCUUCUGAAGUGCCUGCAGAUUUAACACAGUGUCCUGUAGACCAUUUCUCUAAUCAGAACUGAGAGAAUCUUCAAAGCGAGUAUAGGGAUGUCCAACAAGACAAUUCUAAAAGGAAAUUUGGGUCACCUUGGUGAGAGUCUUACUUUAGUCCACCUAAGGCCUCUGUAAAGUGAAAGAGGAAUCAGGUUUGGAGUCAGGAAAAAUUGGGUUGUUCUCUGGGUCUUGCCACACAAAAAGUCGUGUGAUGUUGAUGUUGACAAGUUAUCUUACAUUCUUGAGUUUUUAGCUUUCUCACUCCAAAGGUAAAGAACUUAGAUGGCAGUUCCUAGCCUCCCCCACCUCUAAACUCUGAUUCUAACUAUGAAUUGAAAUUUCAUUGAGUGCUGCCACCCAGAGAGGACCCAAGAAGAACCAUUUGUUGGUCUCGGGUUUUCUCUCAAAACUGUCCUCCACAACAUAGCACCUUCUAGAACACAGUCUCUGGACUGAUUGCAUAGUUCUCUUCUGAGCAAACUUUCUUAGAGAUGCAGAGGAAGGACAUUUUCAUUUCCAAGUGAAGGCACCGAAAUAGCUGAGGUGGCUUCCUUGUUCAUGAUCUUGGGAAAUGAGAUUGUUGAACUUCAGCCUAAUAACCUUUCACAGGAAGGAAAAUGGCCAGAUUGGGCAUUAUGUACGUAACACAUGAGGAAGUUGUACUUGUGAGAGGAAACAUCGGCCUUCUCUCAUCCUGGGCCAAACAUUUCUCUCAUCCUUAUAGUAAAUGUGUGUCUCGGGAAACUCUCAGCUGGUCCCAAGCAAUUUCAAAAGGCUGUUUUGUGAGAAACAGGCAAGGAAGGGGUUGACUCAUAGGCUGUGACAUCAAGCAAGUGGUCUUAGAGGCCUCAUUUUUUUAACAGUUCUGAUUGAUAGCAGAUAAGUGGAAAAUAGGACAAAAGCCCAUUGGGAGGCACGGCAGAAGGGAGUUUGAGCUGGAAAAGCGAAGACCAAAUGGGAUAACUAAGUUUCCAGAAAGGGAGGAUGAAUAAGAAGAGUUGCUUGGAGCAGUAAACAAGGGAUUUGUUCCGUUGGACCAAGUCCUGGGCAGAUUCGGUGUAGGUCCACUUGUUCGUCCCACUCUGUCUUCAACAUUCAGCCUAGCAACUGUCCAGUCACCUUUUCACGAACCUCCCCUAAGAACACAAGGAAGAGAGGUCUCCUGGACACUGAAGAGCAGAGUUUACUCAUCACUUCCAGCAUUAGUCUCACUUUAGACGAGGAUGUUCAGUGGGCUUCCUCGUCUCAGGACGCUCCGUAAGCGGGAGAGAGACCCGCCCACCCAACACCUCCCCGAUUCCAUGCUGUUCCCAAGGCACAGCUUUUCGGAUGGUGCUUGCAAGUCCACCCUGCUUCCCAAUACAAACCCUUUCUGGGUAAAUCUAGGCACAGGAAAAAAAAAUCUGCUUCUUGCAAACGAAGAAAACCCACGGAGCUAGCCUCCUGGCGUGCAGCGGCUGCCCUCGCCCUUCGUCAGGAGCCUCUUUGAACCCACUCACCUCAGUCUUUGCUCUUCACCAGAGAAUGAACAUGGUUCAUCCUGGUGAACUUUGGCCAAGUUCUGCUCCCUAAUAUUUGCUGGGAGGGGGGAGGCUAACGGGAUGAAAUAAGAAGGGGAGGGAUGGAGGCCUUCACCUUCUCCCCAGCCUUACUUCAGCCCCUCCCUUUCCAUUGCUCUCUUAAAGGUUGUAUAAAUCCUGUUCUUGGUUAGAAGUCUCCUCAUUAACAGUGUUAUAUACAUAUAAAUAUAUAUAUAAAAUAUAUUCCUUUUUCCAGCCCUGUAGACAUGAACUGAUCGUCCCUUGAUGAUACCAACACAUGGCCAUUUAUUUUGGUUCAGUUAUUUUGUUGCUCAGGUUAUUUUAUUUUUGUUUAUUUGGUGGAUAUUUUUUUCCCUGACUACUAGCUCUGUGAAGGAAAGUAAAAAGCGCAAUGUGUGUAAAAAAAAAAUAAAAUUAAAAACAAGCCUUUUUUUUCUUUUCAAAUGUAUUUAAAUUCUGGUUCUUUCUUCUGUUACUUCACACGUAAGAAUGCUCUGCUCUUCUGUGAUCUUAAAACAAAAUGAAAUAAACGUGAAAAGGAGA